GGCAGGAAAACCACCACCUGGCUUACACCUGGAUGUAGUCAAAGGAGACAAACUCAUUGAGCACAUGGCACGUUCCUGGGUCACAUCCGCCUGGAAGCCCACAAACCCCAGCAGAUCCCCAUCGACUCCACGGUGUCAUUCGGAGCCUCCACCCGCGCGUACACCCUGCGCGAGAAGCCGCAGACGCUGCCGUCGGCGGUGAAGGGGGAUGAGAAGAUGGGUGGUGAGGAUGAGGAGCUCAAGGGGCUGCUGGGCCUGCCAGAGGAGGAGACAGAACUGGAUAACCUGACAGAGUUUAAUACAGCCCACAACAAGAGGAUCUCCACGCUGACCAUUGAGGAAGGGAACUUGGACAUCCAGAGGCCAAAGAGGAAACGGAAGAACUCCAGAGUGACGUUCAGUGAUGACGAUGAGAUCAUCAAUCCAGAGGACGUGGACCCAUCUGUGGGGCGGUUCCGGAACAUGGUACAGACAGCAGUGGUCCCUGUGAAGAAGAAGCGUCUGGAGAACGCGGGCUCGCUGCCCCCGGAGGACUCCACGUCCCGGCGCAUGCAGAACUUCCCCUACACCGGGGGCUUGUACGGGGGGCUGCCCCCCACCCACAGCGAGGCGGGGCCGCAGUCGCACGGCGUGCACGGCACCGCGCUCAUCGGGGGGCUGCCCAUGCCCUACCCCAACCUCGCCCCCGACGUGGACUUGACUCCAGUUGUGCCCUCCACAGUGAACAUGAACCCAGCUCCAAACCCGGCCGUCUUCAACCCCGAAGCUGUGAAUGAACCCAAGAAGAAGAAAUACGCCAAGGAGGCCUGGCCGGGCAAGAAGCCGACCCCGUCCCUGCUGAUCUGAGCUGGGCUGAGGGAGGGUGGGAGUCACCAACUCCACAAACUCUUCAUGUGCGUCUUUUUAAACUUUCAGUGUUCUAACAGAUGUAAUACUGAGAUUGGAGAAGUGAAAUAUCCUUUAAAGAUCUGUCUUCAAACAUUUUUAUAUGUCUGUUUAAAAAAAAAAAUACAGCUCCCAGCUCCUUUUGAACCAAAAUCCCUGCAGCCUUUUCUUAGCCACCACUGUCCCAGAGGUCUUUACACUGAGUUUGGGUCCGCCAGUCAAAGGGGCAGUCACAGUUCCAUUCUCACUUAUGGCAUGGCCCUGCAGAUCCGUGUGUUUUGGUGACAGGCUCGCUGUGGGUGACACUGUUCCUGCUGGACAUGCUCACAGCAAAUGUUUCUGGGGCCAAGCCUUGCAGAGUCCCAUUGAUAGGAGUUGUAAAACUUGCAGAAUAUAGGUCAGCUUUUAUUUUUUAUAUUUUCAAAACCCACCAAUGUGGGGCAUUCUCUUUUCAUUAUUAUUAUUUUUAGUUUGCCUACAGCUUGUUUUAAUUUCCAUGUAAAACACUAGAGCAUCCCAUGAGUCGUAAGUUAAGAUGGACAAGCAGUAGGUGGGUUCCUCAGCUUUGUUCCAGUGCUGCAGGGUGGGGGCUGUGGGAUGGGUACUGGGUGCACAGGUCAGAGUGUCUGAUGGGGAGACAGGCGCUGUCUGCACUGUGCUGUGGUGCCAACAGCCCUGGUGACUCCCCUGGGAUAACUCAGGGUGAGGUUAACACAGAGAACAGUUUCUUUUACAUUUGGUGGCCCUUGUAACUUAGUGUCAUUUUUAUUUGCAAAUGGAACUUUUAAGCUUAGCAUAUAUGAGAUGCAACAGGACACAAAGCUGAGCAGUUGUCAGCAGAGCCAGAGGACUGGUUCCCUUCCACACCUAAACCCCCAAUCUGCAAAUAUUUUGGCUGCUGGGAACAGCAGGUGAGGAUCAAGUGCUACUGAGAUCCAGAAUAGGAAUUCUCAGUAGAGAUAAUAAAGCAGUGCACAAGCUGGUUCCAUAAUAGCACAUUUUUUGAUUCCUUCAUCACCUUUUCCCAUUGAAUAAAAUGAGAAGCUUGAUGGGUUUUUGCUCCAGCCCUUCAGAUCUGUGGGCUUAGAUUUGAAAAUGAUUCACAUGUCCAGACACUGUGGCUGUACUUUACGCAAGGUAAGGCCAGAGCUCUCUUAUUCUUCGGUUUGCUCUGGAGUUUUUGUAAACUCUCUAGUGCAGUUCAGCUACAAGUCACAUUCCUUUGUUGUUUGGGGGAUCCAGAAAACGUGCAGCAAAAUGAGACCCUGCUCACUGUGUGCAGGACUGUGGCUGCCUGGUGAAGUAGUGCUGGGGUGCUGGAUCAGUACUGUGUUCCAGUGCAGGGGGUGCUGGAUAGUGCUGGAGCAGGGCUGUGUUCCAGUGCAGGGAGUGCUGGAUGCACCAGACCCUUUUGGGCAGAUGCUCCAAAAUCCAAGUGAGUUCUGCUCCGUGAUUGCUUCUAUCAUGUCCCUGAGGUAAAGCUGCCCCGCUCACGAGAGCGAUGGAUUCAGAGACUGCUCUGUUCCCUCCUUGCACCAUCUGUCCAGCUCACACUAUUCCAUGGGUGGUUCAGCACCUGCUCUGUGAUCCAGCUGUGCUGUUCUGUUUAGUUGCCAUUGAUGAUUCAGCCCUCGGGCGUUUGUUCUGCUUCCCAGCACUCCCACAAUGACUCUCCAAAUCUUUCUCCCUUUAGUCUGGCCUGUAGGAUUUUCGUUUCCCACUCAGUUGCUUUCUGAAGGCAACUCUUUAGGAUAAGAAUAGUCAGGGCAAACAAAAGUUGAACAAGUUUUCUUCUUUUUCUGUUUUAUUUUGGGGUUUUUUUGUCUGUUGGGGGGUAGUUUUGGUUUCUUUGCAAGUGGCUCUUUGCAAGAUUUUUCUUGACAAGGGAAGCUUCACUGCUCAUUGUUUUUUAAAGCUCUUCUCCUCCCUGGCUCUGAACCAGCUCUCGUUAUUUCAGAGCUUAGGGGCCACGGCUGGCCAGGAGGGGACAGGAACAUCAAGGGGCUUUGUACAGACGUUUGUACACUUGUGUAAUAUGUAAUAGGCCUUUUCACACUUCUGUUGAGCUUUUUAACUGUAACCUUUACUAUGUUGUAAAUUAAAUGCGGAUUUUGCCA